CUCCUACCUUUCCUUGGCUGUGACGCUCGUCGCCUUGUCCGCCUUCGCCGGCAGCUGGACACACGCCCUCUCCAUGGCCGUCGCAGUUAGGGUGCUUCGGUCGCCAUGGCCAAGCUGCAUCCGGCCACGGCCACGGCGGCGAGUUUGUGCUGGAACCGAGGGGCUUUGCUGGAACUGGGUUUUUUUUUUUGGGUCCACCAUUUUGUUUUGCUACAACCCCUUUGUUUUUUGCUACCAUCCUCAUUCGUUUUUGAUGAACAUCUUCGUUUUUGUUGGAAUUGGUGCCCCUGUCUGCUGCAACCAGCUGGUGUAUGUGCUACAAGGUCGGUGCCUCGUCGGGGAAGCUACAUCCAGCAGCAAGGAGUGUUGUAUCCAACGCCGUUCGAACGUCGGGAGCUGCAACCGGCUACCGGGGGAGCUGUAAGAGUGGGUGGCCACUUUUUUGCUGAUGCAUUUUUUGCUGAACCAAUUUUUUUGUUUUUGCUGGAACCGGUGUAUUUUUUUGCUGGAACCAAGAUAAUUUUUUGCUUCUUUGGAUAUAGAGCUCUCAAAUGCUCAUGUCGUUUUUGUUGGCACCUAAGUUUGUUUUUGCUACAAGCAUUUUUUAAUUUUGCUUCAACCAACCACCCGACUUCGACCCGGGGUGAUUUUUUUGCUGAAAGAUUUCUGUUCCCUUGGCACUCGAACCCGGCGAGUUGGAGACGCAGAGAUGAUGCAUCUAGCCACCCUGACUGCUAGCACAUGCAUCGUCAGAAGUUUGGUUCCAGCAAAUUAUUUUGCCACCACCAUAAUUUUUUACUGGAAACAGCUUCAAAUUUUGCUUCCACCAUGUUCUGUUUUUGCUAGAUCUAGCUUUUGUUUUUGCUUCCACCAUGACGACGGCCGGCAGAGAUGAGGACAACCGGCGAGGAGGGUGGCUACAGGCGAGCGCACCGAGGCGGGCGGUACUUUCAGGCUGGGCGCAUCGCUCAUCCAUGACAGCGCUGGGAGUUUUUUUUUAAGGAAGAAGACGCCUGGUGAAAGAAAAGGAGAGAAUCGUACGGCUAUGAGUUAUUCGAUCGGACGUUGCUAGUACCACCGGCCCAAAGUUGGGCCGGCGCACCGGCGCCUAGUAGUGGCCUGUUUAGAAAGCGUUCAAGUAUUUGCAUCAAGUAUGUGUGAUUUAAAUGGGCCGAGAUGAGAGCGGGGGCCGAGGACCGAGCCUGCUACAAGAAGAUCACGCUGUUGGUGGGCCGGGACCCUGCCGCAGCGAGAGUCCGUAUCCGACUACCAACCGCGCCGCGCCGCGGCGACACUUCCAGAAAUCCCCGCAAGAAUCCGCGCCAGCGCCAGCACUAGCAGCAGAGCCAAAGCAACCAGAGUGUUCGCCAUUGUUCCUCUCCCUAGCCCCCGAUCGUACCAGCUGCGAGCAUCCAAGAAGAAUCGCUGCCGAUGCCUGCGCCGCCGCUCCGGACCGUGCACCUGCGCCGGUAUCCCUCGCCGCCCGACGCCGCGCCAGAGUCGGCGGCCAUCGUGGUCGACGGAGGCGGCGGGGUGGACCUCGCCCGGGUGGGCCGCGCGCUGGGGCUGGACCCCGCCAGCGUCCGCCUCAACGGCUACUUCGUCAGCCGCGGCCCCGGCCACGUCUCCACGGCGGUCACCUGGGGCACGCUCCUCGCCUUCUUCGCCGCGCGCGGGCUCCCCACCGGCGCCGACCCCGCCGCCCCCGUCGCCAUCCGCGGCAAGCCCGCGCCUUCGCCCCCACGCCCAGAUCCUGGAGUUCUUCAGUCCUCGAAGCGGAAGUCUGGGUUGGAGACAGAAAAUUGUUCCAAGAAGAGCAAGCUCCAACACAGCAGCUCAGCUCUUUCAAAAUCUAGCGAGGAGCUACUUAGUGAUGAGAUCACCCUUGGUUUGAAGAGAAGACUCAGGUUGGACGACAUGACUCCAUCUAAGAGGAUCAAACAAGUAGACUACAACUCAGAAACACAGCAGCCAGUCAAAUUCUCCUGCAGCUUCAUCAACGGGCAUGGAAAGCAAGCACGAGAUGAGGAGAUGGUCACCUCACUCCCAUGCAAGAGAGUCCGAUGAUAUGCCAAAUCUGUCCUGCAGACUGAGACUUUUGUGUCACAAGUCUUGGUUACUCGAAACAACUCGCAGAGCUGAGAUUAUGUGAACUGACAUGGCUAAGGCUUAAAGCUAUGUGUAGAUGUGUAGAGUGGUCUGGAGCCAUAGUUUCAGAUUUGUAUCAAGUCCCAGUUGCAACAGUUGUAAGAUUUAGUAUUUCUUGUUUACAUUGGUGUGUUUGUAUGAUGCCAGAAAAUCUGCUAAUGGUGGUCCAAGAUGAUGUAAUCGGUGCAAAAUGCUAAUAUCAAUAUUAUCAAAUCAGUAACCAGUGCAUUU